AUGCUGAUCGGCAUCUGCGGCUCCAUCUGCGCGGGCAAACACACCACAGCCGAGUAUCUUGUGCAACGGGAAGGCUUUCUUCGCCUGCAUCUCCCAACACCACCACAGCAUUUCCAAUCGUCGGCGUCGCAAGGUCCCUCUCCCGACUACCGCCGCCUCCUGCCCACCAUCACCGACCAAAUCGGCACGCGUGGCCUCUCUUUUCCCGACGUCGAGUCUCUGUUGGAUUUCGUCACCAAGCGAUGGCGCGAGCACUGGGUUCUGACCGACAUCUACGACGAAGCCACGCUGGAGAUAUUGCUCAGAAGGCCGUUCUUCAUGUUGCUGAACGUGGAUGCGCCCCUGGGGACGAGGUUUGAGCGGUUCACUCGGCGGUGUGUGAAACGCAAACUCUUACCAAUGUCCCUCACGAACUUCGUUUUCUACAACGACCUCAAAAUGUACGGAUCUCGUACCCUGGCUUCGGACGCCUUCACCGACGCCAACGGGCACCACACCUCCGUGCGCUCAUCAUCGACGACCACCGACACAACCGACACCACCGACACCGCCGACGGUCAAACCGAGGAGGAUCUUUCAAUGUCACAAACCGCGCUCCUUCCACUGCUGUCCCACACCCACCUGUCCAUCCUCAACUCCUUUCCAAGCAUCUCUGCAUACCACACCUUCCUCGACACGCUCGACCUCCCUUCCCCCCUCCGCCUCCGACCCACAUGGGACGCCUACUUCAUGACCCUGGCCUCCCUGGCCUCGCACCGCUCCAACUGCAUGAAACGCCGCGUGGGCUGCGUCCUGGUCCACAACUUCCGCAUCAUCUCCACGGGCUACAACGGCACACCCCGCGGACUCGUUAAUUGCAACGAAGGGGGGUGUCCCAGGUGCAACGGGUCCGGUAACGCCGGUGGUGUCGCGCUGAGUACCUGUCUGUGUUUACACGCCGAGGAGAACGCGCUGCUCGAGGCCGGCCGGGAGCGUAUAAGGGACGGCGCGGUCUUGUAUUGUGAUACGUGCCCGUGUCUGACUUGCUCGGUCAAGAUCGCGCAGGUCGGGGUCAAGGAGGUCGUGUAUAGUCAGAGCUACAAUAUGGACGACGCCAGUCGCGAGGUUUUACAGGAUGCGGGAGUCGUUCUGAGGCAGUUUGUCCCCAAGACGAGCGGGCUUGUGGGCUUUGAUCUUCCCGAAACGGAUGACGGGUCGGUUGAUCAUGUCUACGAAGAUGGAGGAAAACAAGGGCAGGAGAUGAUCGUCUCGAAUGGCAGAAGGUUGUGA